AUGGCUCUGCAGACUGCUGCUGCUCUCUCUCCUCGCUCCAUUAGCUCCUCAACGACGUUACCCUGCGCCGCGAAUCAUCCGAUCAUUUAUUCUUCUACUUCAAGUUCAAGCUGCUUCCUCUCGCCGUCGCAGAGGAAGAAUGUGGCAGUGGGCUUGAGUGGUGUAACAACCAGUAAGAGGAAGCGGGCCUGGGCCUCUACGGUGAAGUCGAGCUUGGACACUGUAGGCCCCACUGUCAAUGUGGGUCAGGUCACGGAGGUUGACAAGGACACCUUCUGGCCCAUCGUCAAGGCCGCCGGCGAUAAGACCGUCGUCCUCGAUAUGUACACGCAAUGGUGUGGUCCUUGCAAGGUGAUUGCUCCAAAAUAUCAAGAAUUGUCAAAGAAAUAUCUUGAUGUUGUAUUUUUAAAGCUUGACUGUAACCAAGAAAAUAAGCCAUUGGCAAAGGAGCUUGGGAUAAGGGUGGUGCCAACUUUCAAGAUUUUGAAGGACAACCAGGUUGUAAAAGAAGUGAAGGGGGCCAAAUUCGAUGAUUUAGUUGCUGCCAUAGACGUUGUUAGAUCUAGCUGA